AUGAACAGGUUAGCGAGGGCUCAUAGGUCCACAAAGAUCCCAAACGUCAAGCUCCGUCCCGCUCAGAGAGACUCGGCAGCCUCUUCGACCAGGCGAUCUCGCCAGCAGAAUGAGAUUCUCGAUGACCGUGAAGACGCCGCUCACUUUCGCCAACUCAGAGAUGAUGGCCACGAUCACGGCGCCCACCUGGACGCCGACUUUAUCGGUUCCUCGGCCCGACCACUCAAAGGCGCAAUCAUAUCCAUCACGGGACUCGGCGAUUCAAAAGCCACUUUGACCCAAUACGCUCGCGAACUCGGUGCACGAGUCGAGGGCAAUCUCACCGAAGACGUCACACACCUCAUCGCAGAUCGACCCGGCUCCGAAAAGUAUCGCUUCGCCCUCGAGCUUGGCAUGCACAUCGUCAGCCCAGGCUGGAUCCUCGAGGUACGCCAAGCUUGGCUCUCUGGCGAAGACGUUGAUGCUGAAGAGCUCGAGCUUCAACAUCAGCUGCCUGCUUUGAGUAACACCACCAUCUGCUUCUCUGCCUUGGCCGGGGCACAACGCCGCAGCUUCGUCUCCCUCGCAACCGAGCUGGGAGCCACCGUAUCCGAUGAGCUCCGCUUCGACGGCACCAUCACCCACCUCGUCUCUGCCUCGGCCGAUCCCAACGCUUCCAGCAGCGUACAUCACCUCCUUCACUUUCUUGACCGCUCAAGGCAUGGUCGAAAUGGCACACGAGAACAGGCCGCUUCACGCAUCUUGGCUGUUCGUCCCGAAUGGCUCCAGGAUUGUCAGCAGGCUGCAGGCUGUCUGAGCGAACAAACGUAUUCCAUCUUUGCCAAGCUUCCGGACCAAAAGCAACGAACCGCACUCAUCGAAAAGGCGCGCACCAAGCUUCCUUCGCCACUUGUUCGACAGCAAGAACCCGUCCCCGUGCCCUUCCAAGGCCCUUUUGCUGCUUACAAACGAUCCAAAUUGGCACUCACUGAAUCCGAAUCUCGCACCAGCGACGCGGGUCAUGCACAGGACGAAGACGACGAGCGGCCCAUUACACUAGGCUCGAGACAGAAAGCUGCAGCGGCCGCCGAAAAAUCUUUCGACAACAUCCUCUCUCAACUCAAAGGCAACAAGACUUCCUCAACAGCAAGACGCGACCCUGCAAUCUCAAACACCAACGAUCUCAUUGCAUCUCACCCCGCUGUCAAGUCAACUUCUUCCGCUUCCGCAUCUACAUCUGCAUCUACAUCUACGUCUCCAAUCGCGAAUGCUUCCGCCCUUCCUUCCGUUCCUACAUCCACCUCAGCCCCACCCAACCCGCAUCGCAAAAGCCUCUUGGGCAUGUCCCGCGCUUCCAGCUUCUCCCCCGCACCCGCACCAUCCACUUGCACCGCCACAACUCUCAACAUGCGCAAGACCAGCAGCAAGCUCGUCACUCUUCCGCAUUCCAGCCAAGCUACCGCCACUCAAGAGUCCAAAUCCAAUGACAGUCAGGGUUGCUUCCAUGCCAAGAUCUUCAAGGUCUGCUUGAACGACGAGCAUCGCAAAAACGUGCUCGAGCAAGUGCUGCGCGACAACGGAGCCGCGCUUCUCCACGUAAGCUCCUCCACCACGCCGGACUUUGUCGUAGUAGAGCCAAAAGCAUCUCCCGCCUCCAUCCGCGCCCUCGACGAUGCCGAGGUCGUACCUGUGCUACAUUUCUGGAUCGAGUACUGCCUCCAUCAUGAGGCCUUUGUCGAGCCGCACGAGUACUUUGCCGCUCUUCCAGCUCGAGUGGCGCUACCCUUGCACGAUGGUGCCCAAUUGAGGCUGCUGCUGCUUGGUUUCGAUCCCGACUCGCCGGAGCUCUAUCAUGCUCAGAAGCUCAUCGCAGAGAUGGGAGGCAGUGUUGCGAAGCAGAUGAAAGGAGAAUCAUUGACGCACGUUAUCUGUGCGACGCAGGAGAGCUUUAACGGACGACGUGCCCACCGAGCGCGCAGUUGCGGCGUACCCGUUGUCGGUCUCGAGUUUGUCAUCAAAGCUAGGCAGACAGGUCGCCUCGUCCCGCCGCCAAUCUCGAUCGCAAUUCCCGAGCAAUCCUCGUCGGGCGUGACCGCCAGCAGCAACAGCAACAGCAACAGCACCGCCUCUAGCAGCAACGCAGCUGCUUCACCGUCCAAAGCACAUCAGAAGCAAGCUAGUCCCGUCGCGAAGGAGGCCGAACUACCCUUGGCAGGCUGCACUGUGUCACGAUCCAAGGUCUUGGCCUCCCAAAGCGCCAUGCUCGAGCGUAAGGCUUUGCAGCUCGGAGCAUGCUGGCAGGCGCAGCCGAACGAGUCGACAACACACCUCCUUCAUCGAGGUACCGGACUCCCUCGCGAAGCAAAGGAGCUUGACAGCGGUUCAUUCCUUGUUCAUCCGACGUGGUUCGAUAAGUGCAUCGAGCAAAGCAUUCGAGUCGAUGAGGGCCUGUUUCCUGCCUCCAUGGAUCCGUCCCGAUCGCUCCUCACUGUGCUGUCUAGUUCGGAUGGUUCUGUCAAUGGCAACUUCUUGUCGCAGGCAUCGCAAGCCACGAUCCAGCAUAAAGCGAAACAGCAAGCUGCACAGCCUAGCCUGCAGACGCAGGCCGAGCUCGUGGCUGCAGCCAAGCCGUGGCAUCGUUCCAUUUCCCUAGAUGCGGCCAGAGGCACUCUCGACUAUGGCUUUGUUGACAAAGAUGCUUCAGAGCCCGCACCGCGCACGAGAGGCCGAUCAGAGGAUAUCGAAGCGGUGCAUGAAGAUCUGCAGGACGUCCGAGUAAACGAAGCGGUCCGGAACGUAGACUUUGAUGCCGAUGCGACGCUCAGCGGUCAUGCGCCAGAAGGUCCUUUAGCCAUGGAUGUAGACGAGACAGCACUGGUGCCCUCUAGUCAGACACUCUUCGAAGGUGAGGAAGCCGCUGACGACGAUGCACCAGUGGGCGAGGUGCGCGGAACGGCCUUGUCCGUUUCAGGCAAGGGUUCUGUCUCUUGGAAGCAAAUGGACGAUCUUAACAAGGCCAAAGACCAGAUAGCGUCAGCAGACCAAGUUAUGGAGCUCCUCCGCAGCCGUGCUUCAGCGCAAGGCACCCGAAAGAAGAAUCGACUGCCGCCACGCGCGCGCAAGCAGCGCUCCGACGAGAUCAAGUCGACCGCCACGAGUGCUACAGAAGGCGGUAUGCUUGCACCCGAAAAGGUGCUUGAGGCACAGGCGCAGCUCGACGCCCAACGAGCUGCUGAGGCUGCGGCGCAGGGAUAUUCGCUUGGCAUGGACAAGGACGUUGCUCUGGUACCCAACAGCCAGAUGAAUGCAGGCUUUGAUGCUAGUAUUCGCAUAGUGUACGACGAUCCCGCCGCGCUGCGAGAGCGCAACAAGCUUCUCAAGAUGCUCGAUCAUCAUCAGCAACAGCAGUACCAGGACCAGCAGCCAGCCCGAUCUGGUGGCGAGAGCGAGAAGGAUUUGAGCCCAGCAAGCAAUCGUGAUGACCUCACCAUAGAUGGCCAGGUGGACGACGACAUUGCUGAUGCUGCACAGCCGAAUGCCACUCGCAAACGCGCUUCCGAUGAUUCGUUUGGUGCGGGAAGACAGAGCAGACACUAUUGGGAGAAUCGCAACAGUGAGAGCCCCACUAAACGGCCUAUUGUGCGCCGACAGCCGUUGGCGAGACGCUGA